GUAACAUCUCACGUGCCAGACGGUGUUCCCAUGUGCAGGAACUGACGCUGGAAGUGGGUUACUGGGACACUGAGAGUAAUGGUCAAAUACUGAGAUCUACUCUCAAUACUUGACCAUCAAUGGAUAAAGGAAGCAUACACGAUCAAGCAUGGAAAAAGAACUAAAAUUACAUAGCCCAGUUGGGUCGGAACCUGCAGUAUUUACUUGGCCAUUAGCUUCGUCGGAUAAAGACGAUGAGAAUAACGAAAUUGUUGAAACGAUCAGGUGGGUACGUGCUGACUACCCAGAUUUGGAUUAUGCCUUGGCCAAUCAUAUACUGCAGGAUUAUGACACUAAAAGUUAUGAGAGCAUGAAGAACUUGUGUGAUAAGUACAACAGAACAAUAGACAGCUUCAAAAAUCUGUGGAAAGGGGCCUCUAGACCUAAGAAACAAAGUGACAAAGCGUCCUCAGGGUUACUCAAACACAUUCUUCAACAGUGUUAUAAUAUAGCAGUAGAAGAUCCAGAAAGAUUGAACCAGUAUGAACCAUUUUCUCCAGAGGUGUAUGGAGAGACAUCAUAUGAACUUGUUGAUCAGAUGAUAAAAUCAGUCAAUUUUUCUGAGGAUGAUUACUUUAUUGAUCUUGGAAGUGGUGUUGGUCAGGUGGUUUUACAAGUAGCAGCAUCAACACCUUGUAAAAUGUGUUAUGGUAUUGAGAAAGCAGAAUUUCCAGCUAAAUAUGCAAUGACUAUGGAAAAAGAGUGCAAAAAGUGGAUGAAAUGGUAUGGUAAGAAACAUGGUGACUUUUUAAUACAGAAAGGAGAUUUUCUGGAAGAAGAUGUAAAAGAAAAAAUUAAUAAUGCAACUGUUAUUUUUGUAAACAACUUUGCCUUUGGACCACAAGUUGAUCAUCAGUUGAAGUUAAGAUUUGCCAACAUGAAGGAAGGAGCCAAGAUAGUUUCAUCUAAAGCAUUCUGUCCUCUCAAUUUCCGCAUAACAGAUAGAAAUCUAAGUGACAUUGGUACAAUAAUGCACGUAGCAGAGCUGUCCCCGUUAAGUGGUGCAGUGUCAUGGACGGGGAAACCCUUUGCCUACUUUGUACAUACAAUUGAUAGAACAUUGUUGGAAAAAUACUUCCUGAAAUUGAAAAAUCCUAAGAUGAAGGAUGAGGAAGAAGUUAGAAGAGACAGAAGAGGAAGGUUAUUAGAAAAGAAGGUCAAUGAAAUGAACAAGGAUGAAACAAAGAAUGGUGUGAUCAAAACCAAGAAAGGAAAAGAUAAUUGUUCAGCCAUCCGUACAAUAGACUUUGACAGUAACAGUAAUGCCAGUACAAUAAUCAGUGAUACAACAGACGAGAAUAUCCAGGUACAGGGACCCACAACUCGCCGACAGUGGUCAGAGUUGGUGUCCAAACCUAAAUCUGAUAGUGCUUCAAUGGUGGCCUCCUCUAAUGAGGAAGAGGAUAGUGUUAUAAGUGAGGCAACAACCGGGUCCCUUUCUCAGUCAAACAUAGAACUUGAUGUUGAGAUGGCACAGAAAGUAAAGGAAGAACUAAAGAAAAAUGGAACAACAAAAAGGUUACAGAAUGGACGUCACAAAAGGAAAAGAGAUGUUCCUAAUGGAAGAGCAAAAAGAACAAACUUUUCUACAGCAAAAUCAAGAGCUGCAAAUAGAAACAAGAAGAAAGAGAAAGUACUUGCAUUGGAUAGUUUGAAUCUAUUACAUACACACACCCUUAUGUCAACAUCAAAUUCAGCUUCUCCCGAGAACCAGAAGAACUGGAAUGAUAGAAGUAUGACUGGUGUAUCCUCUAGUUGUUUUAAAGCCAUGACACAAGAUCAUACUAUUUCUAGAUUGGAGACAGAGCAGGCCUUACAUCAACUGUUAGAGUUGUUUAAGCAGCAGUAUUCACAGUUCAUGUCUUAUAUGCAGACACCUCAGUAUAGAGUAUCUUUGCAGCAACAAAUUGAGCAAGAAAGGGAAAAACAACAGAAAUUGAAAGCCAAAGUACAGCAGUUAGAUAAACAUAUAUCUAGUAUACAAAAAGAAAGUGUAGGACAUCUACAAGCAAGAUUAAAAGAGCUUGGUAUACAAGCAUCAACUCCAGCUGAAUUCUUGUUGCAGGCUAAACGUAUCGUACUGGAACACAAGGAGUUGGAGGGACAAGUGAGUACCGUAGAACAACAAAUUAAACAUGUGGAGAAAAUAAGUCUGUUGGAUGGUGGUACAAAUGUGCUGGCAGAUAAAACAACUAAACUGAAUGGAAUCAAGAAUGGCUACCACACAACAGAACCAUUACCUGAUAUCAUAAUGAAGGAAGUAAAUGCAUCAUAUACACAGAAAAGGAAACUUGUCAACAAAGUCAAACAACUAGAGGCUGAAGUUACAGAAUUAGAAAAGAAAAACAAUAAUAUUCAGAAAGAAAAUAGGAUCAAAGUAGAACAAGAAAAUAGAAUAAAAAUAGAAGAAGAAAAUAAGAUAAAAGUGGAGCAAAUUAAAAUUGAAAAGAAAAAAAUACAAAAGGCAGCUACUUCAGAUAAAUCAGGGAUUGACAUUAAAACAGUGAUUCAUCCAACCAUAACUCAGCCAGCUGCUCAGUAUGUCCAUACCAAGACUCAGGCAUCAUCUAAUACUCAUAAUAGUAUCUCAGGAAAAGCCAAUCAUUCCAUAUAUAUAGAACCUAAGAAGGAAAGGCUACCUACUACAGGUUCUACUCAGGUCAACAUGCCAACAUUUAGAUCUCUACUUCAAGCAACUGGUGAACAAAUGAAAAAUCAAGAGGAAUCCAAAAGGAAGAUUCAAAUACUGAUGAAUCCUAAUCCAAAAAUAGGAUCAAAAGUUAAACCAAUAAAACCCAAUCCUGUCCAGUUGAAUGGGGCACAUAAAAUUGUUUAUUUAGUCAAAGAUAACACAGUUCCUGCCAUUGGAACAAACAGAACAUUACUGAAUACAAUCAAAGAUGCAAAUGCACGUCCUUCUCUGCCUAUCAGUAUUCCAUUAGAUCAUCUACCGAAAGAUGAGUUACGGGAAAAAAUAAAAAACAGUUCAGUGAAACCUGAUAUCAAUGAUAGGCCAAAACAAGUAAUUGAUAUGGACUCUAUGUAUUCUCCAAUUAGUCGACCAAGUAGUCAGGGUAGUACCACAGAUACAGCAGAAGAACCACAGCCACAUUACCAACCUGAGCAAAAGAUAUUCCAACAAAAUAAACAGCCGUAUCAUAUCAUAUACCCAAUGGCUUCCAAGCCAUCAAAUUUCACUGUUAAUAACUUUGUAGAAAGUGUCGUCAAAAAUGAAAUGGGUCGUUCUCCCAAACAGCAAAUAAUAUUUAAUGGAGCUAAGAAAGAAAGUCAAACUGUCAAUAGUUCACAAAGUGAUAAAAUUCUAGCCGAAGCAUUGUUACAAAUGUCAAAAGCACAGAGCAAAGCUCCAACAGGACAACAGUUUCCUUCCUAUGUUACUAAGGUUUAUGUUGCUCAACAGAACACCAACAAUAGUGCUGAUAAUCAGAAAUUAAAACGCAAACGAUCUGACUUGGCACAAAGUCCAGAGAAAAGGAAAAUGCCUUAUAAACCAACUGUUAAUUCCAGUCCAUUAAGUUCCAUUCCAUCACUGAUGAGUAUAGCUACUAGACCGAUCGGUAUCACAGCCCUUAAUACACCAGAGAAAAUAUCAUCAGAAAAACCUAUUGUUCAUACUACUAAUAAUAAAAAUAAUCUAAAGAGGACACCAACUAAUGGUUAUACAACCAAUGAAUUGUGGAAAUCUCCAGAUAAAUUUGAUAGAUUUGAUGCAUUAGUUGCUCUGGCCUCCUCAGAACUUGGUGGUAAUCAAACCCCUCCUAUCAAAAAAAUAUCUCAUAAAAAAAAUGGACCUAAAACUCCACCUGGCUCCCCACCAUGCAAACGUAAAUCUAGGAGGAGUAGGUCAUCUAGUAGUGAUACAAGUUCAAGUAGGUCACGAUCUUCAAGUUGUUCUGGAUGUAGUUCUCGUAGUCGAAGCAGGAGUUACAGUAGCCGAAGCAGGAGUAGAUCUUCGAGUUCUAGUUCCAGUCGUAGUUCUGUCAGUAUAAAACGUAGUAAUAAAAGUGCAUCUGUAAAGACUAGUAAUCCAGGGAAUCAAGUACCAUAUUAUUCCAAUAAUACGCCUCCUAUUGCAAUGUCUAGUAUGAACUAUAUGCCUAAUAAUAAUAUAAUACUCAGCCAACAAUUGAAAACCGGUGUAAAUCAUCAUCUCACUAACAGUGCAUCAUCGUUACUUCAUCAACAGGCUAUAAGUCAACAGCUUAAUAAUCAUGCCACGUCAUUACUCAACCAGCAGUCAAAUAGUAAUGGAGCAAUAAUUAACCAACAGUUGAGUGGACCUUUACUGGCAACUCCAUCUAAUCCUGGUGGACCAUUACUGGCCACACCACCUAAUUCUGUUGGAUCAUAUGUUCAAAACGGCUCAAAUUAUUGUUUGGUUAAUAGUAAUACACAUUUGAAUGGUGGUGGAAUGGUCCUCAUGGGUGGAACUUCUGGAAAUGCACCAAUACAGAACACUGUCCCUAUUUUGCCAGGGACAUCACUACCUAAUAAUGUUGUACUUCUGUCAUUCUCACAACAAAAUGGAGGACAAAUUGUCAGGACUCCUACACCAACAAACACGGUUCCUGUAGGAAAGAAGAAAAUAGUGGAAAAACUUCAGCAACCUCCGCCUCCUCCUCAUGCUCUACUAGGUAUUGGUGGUUAUAAAUCAAAACAACCUAAUACAUCUCCUCAAAGAUUUAACGUACCCGACAUGUCACGUCCACCACCUAACAUGAACUUGUCACCUAAUACUGCUGGACACAACAAAUCUCCUGGACAUAGUCCACUUAAUGAUCAGCGACCAAUGUUUAUAAACCAUCAGGUGAUGACGCAUCCACGUCAGGAAAGUUUGGGUCUCCGUCACAGUAGUCCUCAUCACAGACCUUUUAAUCCAACAGAAAUUGGUUUUACUGGUCAACAACAUGUGCAAUCAGCUAAUAAAUACCGUCAGAAUCUUCCACCGAACCCAUUAGGAGAUGGUGCAAGAUUCACACAAAAUCCUAGAUUCAACAUGACUAAUGUUAGACCAAGAUUUAACUCCUCAGCACAGCAAGGUAAAGGUUAGGUUUAUAUGAAAUGUCCGGGAUAAAAGUCUUAAAAACUCUUUCUUUACUUGUAUAUGAUAAUUCAGUACCUAUUUAUUUGGUAUCAAGUUUAUAUGAUAUUUUGGUAUAUUGUUAAAUGCUUAAAUACUAUUAUUGCAAAGAUGUUUUUCACAGUAUUUACAAUAGAUAAGAAAUCUGUAUAUUAUUAAAAGCUCAUAGGAUGGUGCUCAUGUUAUAUCUUUAUAAGAAAAUUUUGCAGGUUUGUUUGACCUGUAAUUAUCUUUUCAGGUUGGCACUGAUACAGUUUCUUCAGUAACUGAUCAUUGGUGUCAAGGUCACUGAAAAACAGUUUCCAUAGUAACCAAUUUCUGAUGUCAAGUUAACAGAUUAUUGAUCACCACGUCUUUCUGUCAUCUUUGAUGUGCCAAAUAAAUGAAGAUCUUCAUAUGUCAUAUUCCUACCAUUAAUUCAAAAAUAGUGUGUAAAAUGAAUGGUGAAGAAGAAGAACUUGAUUAUAGAGCAAUUUAUGAAAGAUGAAUAAAUGAAGACAUUUAUAUUUCAUUUGUCAAAUAAAUAUGAUCAUCAAUUAAGCCUUAAUACCUAAAAAAAAAAAUAGCAGGUUAAUGUUAACGGCCAGUAAAAUUCAUUUAUUUUGAUAGAAAAAUGGCAAAAAAAAUUUCCUUUCAUAUUUUUGUAAUACUUUGACAUAAUAUAUGAAUAUGUUGUAUUGAUGUUUACAUUUGCUAAAAUAUAUUUUAAGUAGCACUUGUUUACAUUAGAUCAUUUAAGUUUAAAUUACAAAAUCAGCGAUAAAAUAAAAUUUGCUCAGUUUAUGCUGUAGGCAUGAUGAUCUUUUUUGUAUAAGAAUUAAUAAUCAUUCCCUACUACAUUUUUAUCGUUCAAUAAAAUAUUUAAGGGGAUUGAUAUUUCUUUAAAGAUAUGAAUUUUAUCAGCGGUAGAUUUUUUUUAUUAGUUUUUAACACAUAUAGCAAAAGAUAUAGGACAAAAGUAAUUCCUUUUUUCAAUAUUUCCUUUACUUUUACUUCUUGAAAUAUCUAUAAAUCAUUCUAAUCCUAUCUCUACUGAUUUUUCAUGGUUUUGUUUUGUUUUUUCAUCACUCAGGACUCAUUUGUUGUAUUGCAUGAAUUUUUGUUAUCAAGCACAUGUUGUUAUGCUUUUAUAUAAGAUGAUAGAUUCUUGUAUAUUAAAAUUUCAUUUAUUCAAUAUUGAUAAGAUAAGGUCAUUAAUUUUGUAAAAGUGAAAAAUUCAUGAAAAUUUGAUAGGCAAUGGAUUCAAGAUUUUUAAACGGAAUGUAUUUCGCUUUAUUAUAUUCAGAAAUGUUUUAAAAGGAUAAACUUUUGUCUAUACACUGAACUUUCAGCUCAUUAUGAAUUAAGCUUAUUAUAUCAUGUUAUAAAUAGGAAUACAUUUAGUUUUAAUUAGGGACAAAAUUAUUUUUAAGUGUUUACAAUAAUAUAAUUUUUUCAAUUUUACAUAUCACAUGUGUUUUAGUAUGAAUUGUUUAUAUACAGCCCAUUGCAUUGGACUGUUAUAUUUUGGUGCUGAAUUAAAUUAUAUAGCAUUGUUUAAGGGAAUUGUUUAUAGUCAGAUGAAUUGUUAGUGCUAUUGUAAAAAUAGAUUAAAUUGUUUUUAUGUUGCAACAUGAAUUAAUUUAAAGCAACCCUCUUAUACAAUGUUGUUAACAGAAUAAUGCAACGUGCUGUAGUGGUUUUCUAUUAACAUGUAUAGGAAUCAGAUGUUUGAUUGAAAAUUGAUGUGGAAUUUGUUGUAUGAUUGUUUCUGCUAUCCCAUGUCUUAACACUAUACAUGUUAAUGGUAAAGUCCCAUAUGAUUUGUUGAUUUUUUUGCUGUAAAAGUAAAUUAUUUGAAUGCUUCAAAUGUACAUAUGUGUAAGAGUAUAGACAGACAUGUAGUUGUGUUUGAUGGAUUAGAUAAGGCAUUCUGUUGUGGAGUCAACAUUGUAUGGAAAGAGUGGAUGAAAGAUUGUUCAACCACAAUUUGAGUAGAAAUUAAUAUCUGUCACAAAAAUAAAAAUCAUUCCAGAAUUACCGCAUAUUAUUUUACUUAUAGAAAUGGCAUGUUCUCAUUUAUGCAGAAUGGAAAUAUUGUAUCAGCUGGCCAGUCUAAAAAUAUUAUAUAUUCUUUUUAGCAUGUUUUUUUUUUUUUAAACUAAUUUGAAUAUAUAACUUGUUUUUAAUAUUAUAUUUUUAUUAUUUUUAUUUUAAAACUUGAUCAAUUUUGAUAAGCAAAAUAAAAAUAAUCUCAAAAAAUUUAUAUCUUGUAAAAAAUACAUUAUGUUAAUGUAACAUCUUUUUGCUUUUUCAUUCUAUCACAAUUUCUCAUCUGACAGGAAAAAGUAAUACCCAUAUGUCAGUUGUUUCCAAAAUAUACAUCUUGAUAAGAUUAAAGCAUAUUACAGUAACAUGAUUUGAUAACAUACAAAAUACAGAUACAUGUUUGUGGUACAUAUUCCUUAAAAUAAAUCUGAAAGAAACAGAAGAAUCUUUUUUCGUUUGAAAUUACAAGUACCUCAUUUAUAUCACAACUUAACAUUUAUUUUGGAAGCAUAUUGCGUUCUUAUUUUCUCAUCUGUCGUAAAAGUUUUCCAGUUUGCAAUAGGAUUGAAUGUAGGAACAAGAUUGCUCAGAGUUUUCAGGGUUGAUUUUAAAUAGACUGGAAGAAGCAGGGUUUCGUCUCUUUUUUGGAAAUUUUAAUUAUUGAAGAAAAGAAGUAGAUUGUUACAUACACCCAUAACUUUUAAAAGCAACAUAGGAGAACAUUUCAACUUUUAUAGAUUCACACUUUUCAAUAAUUUAUCAUUUUUAGAAUUUUUAUGCUAAUUUUUUAACACAGAAAAUAUUAUUCAUCUUCUUGUCAUAAUUAUUGGGUAAAAGUUGGUAAAGGCAGCAGCUAACUAAUUAUCGGUGAAUAAAUAAAAUAUACUGGUGAUACUUAUUGAUAAUUAGUUUAUACGCUUCAGGUUUUAUAUAUAUAUAUAUGAUGUAUUUAGAUAAUUUGAUUCAGGGCAGCUGAAUAAUUAGAAUUCUAUUGGUGUAUGCAUAGUUUGAUGAGCUUGUCACUGUUACAUUAUUUAAACUGUUAAACUUCUAUCCUGUUCUCUCUGUAUUAACUUGUGGGUCUAUACUCAACUACAUAAUUUAAUUUUUCAUGUUAAAGCUCCUAAAUAAUUUUAUACAGGUAAUAUGGAAAAUUUAUUCUGUUUUCUGUAUAAAAAAAAACUACAACAUAAAUUAUAACAGACAAAGGGUAUCCAUCAAAACUGAAAAUAAAAUUAAUUGUUAAUUUAAUGCUGUAGUGAUAUAGAUCCACAUAGAAAUAUAGAGGAACAGAUGAUAUGGUUUGGAUGUGUCAUUUUACCUUAGCUUGUUUAUUUACCCACUCUUAGUUUGUUAUUAUAGUCAGUAACUAAAGGGAAUUAUAGUUGAUCAUUGUAAAUAUUUCACUUGUUUAAGUUAAUUUUUCCAAUAUAAGUUGCAUCAGUUAAUUCAGAUCUCAUUUCAUCAAUAAAAUUUAUAAACUGUC